UGGGCCUCCCCGCGCUCCUCGGCGCCCUGCCAGCCUCGGGGGCCGGGGCGCCGCGGCCGCGCGGAGUCCCCGGCCUCCCGCAGGACUUGGGCUUCGGCUGGGGCCCCAGAGUGGCCGGGAGGGAAGGCCCUGCCUGGGUCACAGCGAGCCCAUUCACCUCGGCCCGCAUCUCCCGUCGAGCCCCAAACACUGCAGUUCGGCGGGUGCGGCCUCCCCUUGGGUCGGGGCGAGGUGCCUUCCCCCGUCCCUGCAGAUUCCUGGGCUUCCCGGGGCCGCUCUGAUAGGGAGGCGAAUGGAGCCCACUGUGUGAAGCCGAAGGUGGUCGUGGGGAGGGGGUCGCGUCCACACACUUCAGUCCCGGCGGGGGUCCUGGUCGAUGCCCCUUUAUACCACCUGUGUGACCCGGGCGGGCCACGGAACCCUCCUGGGCCUCGCUGUGAGCAUCUGUAAAUAGGGAUGAUUCGUAGGACCUGCUUCCUCAGACUGCUGGAAGGACCGAAGUGGGUAUCCAACCUCUCACCUGUGCUGGUCAUAGUCCGGGUAGGUCCAUACUCUGGAGGCGCCUGGCACUGUUUCGGUCUCCGGAGUCUGCAGCCUGUGAAACAGGGCUCAGCCCUCCAGCUGCUGAUGAUAUACGAAGGAUACAUGUGCACAAACCGGGAUGUCGAAAACUGGAGCAGCGCUGCUGGAUUUGAAAAAAGCAAUCAGUGUUUGAAUACAAACAUUGAAGCUUGGGACAAGAUAUUUAUCCAAUUUCUGUGGCUAAAUUAAAGACCUGCCAUGAUGUCGAAGAAAGAGACUGAAUUUGUCAUUUUCACCUAAAGAAAAAUGAUAGACAAAAAUCAAACCUGUGGGACAGGACAGGAUUCCAUGCCCUCCAUGACUUGUCUGAUCCACGUACUUGAAGAAUGGUUUGGUGUGGAGCAACUGGAGGACUACUGGAAUUUUGCAAACUAUCUCUUGUGGGUUUUUACACCACUCAUACUUUUAAUACUUCCUUACUUUACUAUCUUUCUUCUCUACCUUACUAUUAUUUUCUUACACAUUUAUAAGAGGAAGAAUGUAUUAAAAGAAGCUUACUCUCAUAAUUUAUGGGACGGUGCCAGGAAGACGGUGGCAACGCUGUGGGAUGGACAUGCGGCCGUCUGGCAUGGUUAUGAAGUUCAUGGGAUGGAAAAAAUACCAGAAGGGCCAGCACUGAUCAUUUUUUAUCAUGGAGCUAUUCCCAUCGAUUUUUACUACUUCAUGGCUAAAAUUUUUAUCCAUAAAGGCAGAACUUGCCGAGUAGUAGCUGAUCACUUUGUUUUUAAAAUUCCAGGAAGUCAGCAGAAACAAGCCAAGAAAGUUUAUGGGUUUAGUUUAUUACUUGAUGUAUUUUGUGCUAUACAUGGACCAAGAGAAAAAUGUGUUGAAAUUCUGCGGAGUGGUCACUUGUUAGCUAUCUCACCAGGUGGUGUUCGAGAAGCCCUGAUUAGCGAUGAGACCUACAACAUCGUGUGGGGUAAUCGUAAAGGCUUCGCUCAGGUUGCAAUUGAUGCAAAAGUGCCCAUUAUUCCUAUGUUUACACAAAAUAUUCGAGAAGGAUUUAGAUCCCUCGGAGGAACAAGGUUAUUUAGGUGGCUGUAUGAGAAGUUCCGUUAUCCGUUUGCCCCAAUGUAUGGAGGUUUUCCAGUGAAGUUACGCACCUAUUUAGGUGACCCUAUUCCAUACGAUCCAAAGAUCACGGCAGAAGAACUAGCUGAAAAGACGAAGGAUGCUGUUCAAGCUUUGAUUGAUAAGCACCAAAGAAUACCCGGAAACAUUAUGAGUGCUUUGCUAGAACGUUUUCAUAACAAACAAAAGAUCAACUAGAAGACUCUUUAAUACAUUUAUAUUAAUACGUCUAUGUCUGUAGGACUGUCUUCAAAAUUUUGUGGGUUCUGUAAUUAGUAUUUUUUAAAAAAUCAUGUUAAUAAGCAUCUUUCACUGAACUCGUUUAACAUUGUAUUGUCAAUUUUGUUUCUGCAAUCCAUUGUGUCAGAUUUAAACAAUAACUCGUUACAUGCCUAAUUAUUCAGAAAAUGAUCAUGGUUCUUUUUAUAAUUUCCUAAUAAUGUAUCAUAAACAUAGAUUCUUAAAGUUAAGUUUAUUAAUAACAGCAAUGGAGGUUAAACAAACAUUCCUAAAUAAUGCAUCUAGUUUCUGUAUCUCUUGCACUGAGCUAGUUUUGCAAGGUGGCAUAACCUAGGGUUUAGUACAGACACUUCAGUUAGGAAAAAAAAUGCUCUUUCCUCUGCCCCUCAUUCCUCUCAUGACCUUGGGCAAAUCACAUAAUGUUUUUAUGCCUCAACAAUUCAAUUUUUAAAAACAUGUUAAUACUUUGGUGAGGAAUAUUGUUUUAAAUUCUUUAUAUUUGCUGUGAUUGAUAACUGUAGAACGAAAUUAUAACUGAAUUAAUUAAACAAUACCAACAUCUUUUAGAAGUUUAUGUAUUUUGUCCAUAGGAUGUUUAAAUUACUCCUUCAGGUAUGAUGUCAAGUUGCCAAGGACAAUGAAAAUGAUGUACUGUUUUUCAAGUUGAGUAAAAAAGAAAUUAGGGAAAGUAAAAUUUCUAAUUAUU